UGCGACCCGCCUCUUCCCGGAAGAAUGAUGGCCGCGGCCUAAGCGGUGGCCCGUUGGAGGCGUCGCGGGCGCUCGGGUCGCGCUCGGCGGAUCCUGGGUGCGGCGAGGGAGGCCGCUCCCAGCCACACUUGCAGGCCAUCCUGCAGCGCGGACCGCGGCAGCCAUGACCUCCAGGCAGGCUCCCCACUGCGGCCUGGCUCCCCGCUGCCUCUGGCUCCUGGGGGCUGUGCUUCUGAUGGACGCGUCCGCCCGGCCCGCCAACCACUCGUCCGCUCGGGAGAGAGUGGGUAACAGGGAGGAAAACGAGAUCCUGCCUCCGGACCACCUGAACGGGGUGAAGCUGGAGAUGGACGGGCACCUCAACAAGGAUUUCCACCAGGAGGUCUUCCUGGGCAAGGACACGGACGGCUUUGAAGAGGACGCGGAGCCUCGGAGGAGCCGGAGGAAGCUGAUGGUCAUCUUCUCCAAACACGACCGCGCUCCAGUGUCUGAGCUCCAGUCCUGUUACCAGGGACUCAUCGUGAGCCCCAGGGUGGACUUGAACACCGACAGAAGGAUCAGCGCCAAGGAGAUGCAGCGCUGGAUCAUGGAGAAGACGGCCGAGCACUUCCAGGAGGCCAUCGCGGAGAGCAGGGCGCACUUCCGUGCCGUGGACCCCGACGGUGACGGCCGUGUGUCAUGGGAUGAGUACAAGGUGAAGUUUUUGGCGAGCAAAGGCCAUGAUGAGAGAGAAGUUGCUGAUAAGAUAAAGAAUAAGUGGGACCUGAACGUCGACGAGGAGACACAGGAAGUCCUGGAGAACCUCAAAGACCGCUGGUAUCAGGCGGAUAACCCGCCUCCGGACCUGCUGCUGACGGAGAGCGAGUUCCUGUCGUUCCUGCACCCCGAGCACAGCCGCGGCAUGCUACAGUUCAUGGUCAAGGAGAUCAUCCGGGACCUGGACCAGGAUGGCGACAAGCAGCUCUCGCUGUCUGAGUUCAUCUCUCUGCCCGUGGGCACCGUGGAGAACCCGCAGGGCCAGGACGUGGAUGACGGCUGGGUGCGAGACAGGAAGAGAGAGUUCGAGGAGCUGAUCGACGCCAACCACGACGGGAUCGUGACUGUGGCGGAGCUGGAGGACUACAUGGACCCCAUGAACGAGUUCAGCGCCCUCAACGAGGCCAAGCAGAUGAUCGCCAUUGCCGACGAGAACCAGAACCACUACCUGGAGCCCGAGGAGGUGCUCAAGUACAGCGAGUUCUUCACAGGCAGCAAGCUGGUGGACUACGCCCGCAGCGUGCACGAGGAGUUCUGAGCUGCUGGCCGCGUCCCGCCACGCCCCCGCCCCCCCCCCCCACCCCCGCCCCGGUCCCGCCUCUCGGGCUGGCUGGGCUUCGAUUCCCGCGUAAUCGCUGCAUCUCGCUUCUGAGAACUGGGAGCCCUUCUGCCGAAGGCACUGCCCGCAUCAGGGCCUGCGGGCUCGCCACACCGUGGGAAAUAACGCACCUCCUGCCGUUUCCUUUAAAACUGAAAGAUGAAGGCUUUGCUGGAAACCAGCAGCCGGCGGCUGGGGGGGUCGGGAAGGGGCCGUGAGAGCCGCCGGCCCGUGGCGUUCAGUCUCCGAGGAAACGCGAAUACUGGUGACAGGAAUCACAUUAAUUUACUUUAAAAUAUAGUUGCCUUUUUCUC